GGAUCGCGGGUCCGUGAGUCGAGGUUCAUCUCGCAAAGCCAGCCAACGUCAUUCCCGGAUCGCACCUUCUUUUCUCUCCUUUAAUGCCUGCCUACGAUGCGCCGCCGCCGACCGCCUCCACCACGGCCACGCAGCCGUACGCGCUGAACUCGCUGCCGCCCACUCUGUCCUCGACACUUCACAGCCCACCCUCGGAUCCAUCGCGCCUCGCGCCCGAAGAUGCCUUUUACGCGCAUUCACCUCCGCGCCGCCAGCGCGCGCACAGCCCGCUUGGCAUGAAUGGGGCCGUGGACGGCGUCGACGCGCUGCCCGUCCAGGGACGACUGCUGGCGGGCAUCGAGACGCGCAGGAAACGCGAGAGGGAGCGCGGCCGCAGCGGGAGCAGGCGCCGGAAGGGGGCCUGGAAGAAGCUGCUCUGGGUGAAACAAGCGUAUCCCGAUAACUACACCGAUGAAGAAACCUUCCUCGACCACCUGCAGCGCAACCCGCGCUUGCAGCCUUACGAGUUCUGGCCUCUCGUCACCGACUCCACCGUCAUUGUCCAGCAUGUCUGCUCCGUCACCAUCUUCCUCUGCUGCUUCACCGGCAUCAUCCAAGAGCGCGUCUCGCCCGUCACAAUUGUGAGCUGGGGCUCCUUGGGUACCGUACUCGGCUGGGUGCUGUGGGACUUCUGGGUCGGACAAGAGGAAGCUGCCGAAGUGGCAGCAGCGGCCGCCGAGGCGAAGAACGAGACGCUUGAGGCCGACGGUUCCAGCUCCACCAGCUCUACCACGAGCUCCGCGCCGACGCCUGCUCCAGGUCACACAAAAGACUCGCUGGGUCUGGGGUUGGUGCUGCCGCAAACUGGGAGCGCGCCUAAUCGUGGGCACAUGAAGAGCGCCAGCAUCGCUUCUAUGGGGUCGAAUGCUUCUGCCGUUUCGGCUGUCUCGACAGGCCACCCGACGGGCGCGCCGACUUUUGCGACCUAUCGUCCCCCGUACGGCGAGCCAGUGUCCUCGCUCUCGCCGCGGAAUCAGCAGCGCUUGGCCACUGUCAAGUCUGCCAUCUUGAUCUACUGCGCGUUGUUGGGUCUAAGCCCGAUUCUCAAGUCGCUGACGAAAUCUACGACUAGCGAUUCCAUCUGGGCCAUGAGCUGCUGGCUAAUGUGCAUCAAUGUCUUCUUUUUCGAUUAUGGUGGUGGCGUUGGCGCAAAAUUUCCAGCCUCUCUAUCCACAAACGCCGCUCUAAUGGCUUCUACCGUCCUCGCAUCUAGACUCGAAUCUACCACGCACGUCUUCUCGCUUACUCUCUUCUCGAUCGAAGUCUUCGGACUAUUCCCCGUCUUUCGCCGUCACCUCCGCCACAUUUCAUGGCACGGCCACCUCAUGCUGACAAUCCUCCUGGUAUGGGGAGCCGGAGGUGGCGUUGUUGUCACAGUGUCCGGCGGCGGGUGGAAAGCGGCCCUGGCGGGGAUCAUCCUGGGCAGCAUUCUCACUGGGCUCGCCGUGGGGACGGGCGCCUGGUGGCUGAUCGGGCUGCAGAAAUACAAGAACGAAAUCCACGGCCCCUGGGAUCCAGCGCGGCCGAUUAUAAGAAGGCGAUGGGAUUGAGGCGGCGCGACGAGGACGCAAAAUACAACGGAUCUUUCCGCUGCUUGUAAUCGUCGAGCGUGCAGGCUCCGCUCGCGGGCCAGACGUCGGUGGUUUUGGUCCGGUGGACUAGCUCUAUGGAUGCAUGGUUGGUCUUGCGCAAGUGCUCGAGCGAAA